AUGGCAGGUUGUUUCACUCGACUCACGAGCAAAUUUAAACCAAAGCCCAAGCCGGAGACAUCUACGACCAAUAAUGGGUCUGGUGUCACCCCUGCUGGCAAUGGACCCUCAGGUAAUCCCGCGACUGAGUCCAAGCCCGGCGAAAACCCGCCUAUUUCUUCUGCCGAAGAGCCAUCACCCGACUCAGAGACCCCCGAAGUAGAGUCAGCCGAAGAUCAAACACCCGCGCCGAAAGAUCGCUGGAGGGAAGCUUUCAAUGGCUUGUCCGAGAAGAACCAGAAAGCUCUGGAGAAGCUGGGGUUCAGCGGCUCCAAGCCCGGUCCCAUGGGCCCUAGUAUCUUGGGUUUGGUCGAUACAGUGGAAGCAAAACAACAGGAAUGUGAGAAAAAGUUUUGGAAGACGAAAUUUGGUGGCAAAGAGAUUGUUUUCCGAGAGUAUACGACGGAGAUCGUGGGAUGGUUGGAGAAGGCCGGCGACAUCGCCAUCGAAUUUGCUCCUCCUCAGGCAAGUCUGCCAUGGGAUCUUGUGAAGAAUCUCAUGAAGAUUCCUGUCAACGAAAGUGACCAGAUGGGUGCGCUACUUGUUGUCACUCAGGUAGUUGUGAGCAUCACCAGUCGCUGCCAGGUCUAUGAAGAUAUCUACCUCAAUAACGCAGAUACACUGAGUACGAUUCAGCGACAGCUCGAGGAGAGGCUGAUAUCCCUUUAUAAGGCAGCGCUGGAUCUCUUAGCACAAGCAGGGAGCCUUCUCUCCGCAGGCACCCCUAAACGAAUCCUGAAAGCAAUCAUCAGCCCAGGCGAGUCUACUGAUAGUCUCGCCGGACUUGGCGAUCAAGAGGACAAGCUUCUCAAGGAUGUGAAUGCGUGUGAAGUGAAUCGCAGUGCGACAGCAGACGCAAAGGCGAACGAAAAGCUGGAAAAGCUCCAAGCCCCCAUGGCCCGUGUAGAUGCAGGUGUCAGUCAACUUCUCGGCCAUGUCGAUCAACAAGAGCGCAUCAGACUUCUAGAAUGGAUUUCACCCAUCCAAUUCGGCGCACACCACGACGAGUUUAACGAGAAAAGAACGCCUGAGACUGGCGAGUGGCUGGUGGAGCAUGAUGACUUCACUACAUGGAGAGAAAAGGACUCGUCUGUUCUCUUCUGGCUUCAGGGAGAUCCAGGCAGUGGGAAAACAUAUCUCACAUCCAAGGUCAUUGAUACUGUGAAAGACCGAAUCAAUUAUCCUCUCAAGAACGAAGGCUUAGCAUUUUUCUACUGUGAUCGUGGUGAUAAACCUCGUGACCAGCCUCUGGUCAUUCUCCAAAGCCUUGUUCGCCAACUUUCUACUACAGCAAGAAACCCUGAGUCUAUGCAAAUUAAACUCAAGGAAACAUGCAAAAUGGCUCGUGAGAAAGGCACCAAUUUCCGCUUUGAGCAAUGCCAAGAACAGAUUCUCAGUUCGUUGAACAUUUAUAAGAAGACAACAAUUGUAAUCGAUGCCCUGGAUGAAUGUGAUCCCGAAUCGCGGUACGACCUUGUCCAGGCCUUGCAAAUGUUCCUUGAGAAGUCCAAGAAUCCUGUGAAGAUCUUCAUAUCCAGUCGACCUGACCCAGUCCUUAAAAACCAGCUCGACAGCAGUCCAAAUGUCUAUAUUCAAGCAAGCGACAAUCUAGAAGACAUUAGAAAGUUCAUCGAUGUUGAACUUGACAAACGUGCCAAAUCCAGAACAUUUCUGGAGGACCUCAAGCCUCAGAUUAUCGCAAAGCUACUUGAGCGCUGCCAGGGAAUGUUCCAGUGGGUAAACCUACAGGUCCAUGAGAUCGGGCAGUCGACCAGGGAAGAUGCUGUAUACGAGUGCCUUGAAAGUCUCCCCGAGGGCCUGGAGGAAGCAUACAACAAGGUCUGGCGUGGGAUCGAGAAACAGCGAAAAUCCGACCAAACACUCACGAUACGUGCCCUUCGUUGGGUAAUGUCUGCGUCCAAGCCACUGACUAGCGACGAGCUCCUUUGGGCUGUCCGAGUGGAUACAGCGAAGGAUGUUUUCUCAUUGAACGGCAAGAUUGAUGAAGAUGGAUUGUUAUCUCUUUGCGGUAACCUACUCGUCGUUGAUUCCAAGUUGAAAGUGUGGCGAUUCUCUCACCUGUCGGUCCAGGAGUAUAUUGAGAAAAAGCCAGAUUGGACCCUGCCACAAACUCAUCACGAACUUGCUAGCGCUUGUCUAUUGCUUCUCAAUGACACAUAUGAGAAGAUUGAUCCUGACACCGUGUCGAGCCCUCCAGAAGGAUCGAAGGCAUCUGCCGACUUAUUCGAUCUUGCAAACCCUUUCCAGUUUUACGCGAGACAUCAUUGGGCUCUGCAUGUCAAAGCGGUAAGGGAUACUAGUAAUGGCAUGCUCAAGGCCCUUUUGAAGACCCUUCUCGGGUCUCCAAUGGAGAGCAGUCCACGAUAUAGGAGGUGGAUCCGUCAAAUUCAGAAGGACGGCUCAGAACCAUCAACAUCUAUGUUCAGAUCGGACUCAAGUGAAGGCACUUCUGACCUUGAGCCAGUUGAGUUCGCUGUACUCGUAAUGUGUGCUUUUGCGUUCGACGAUAUUCUGUGGGACUGGUGGCAGAACAAAGAUGUCCAGCUUUCGCUUGAGGCAGCAUCAGGCGAUAACCUCCUAUCACUUGCUGCGAGGGCAGGCUCAAUGCCAAUAUGCAAGCUUCUGUUGGAACGUGGUCUAGAUGUCAACGCAAGACUUGCAAAAGAGACCACUCGCAGUGCUCUAGCGGCGGCUGCGCGACAGGGUCAAUACGAAAUCGUCAAAUUGCUAGUGUUUGACGCACAUGCUGAUGUGAACAUGCCACUUUCGGAAUCCGCUGGAUCCCCCAGCGCAUUGGAGGCGGCAGCAUCUGCGGGAAAAACUGAGAUUGUCAAACUCUUAGUUCAGGAAGGAGGCGCUGAUGUCAAUAGGGAGUAUAAAAACAAAGUAUUUGGCACUGCCUUGGUAUCAGCAGCAUUUCGGGCACCUUUGGAAACAGUUCAGUACUUGGUCAAAAAGGCCGGAGCUGAUGUCACCAAGAUUGUCACCACUGGAAUGUUUGCUACUCCCCUGGAAGCGGCAGCAUUCGAAGGGCGUCUCGAUAUUGUCAAAUAUUUGAUUGAGCAGACUGCUAUUGACGUUAACCUACAGUAUUCACAUGGGAAGUACGGAAGUGCCCUUUCAGCAACUGCUAAUAGUCACUAUGCGAAACUCAAUUUUGAUGUUAUCAAAUACCUUGUCCAAGAAGCAGGCGCCGAUGUCAAUGUGCCAUUUGCUCGUGGGAGAUAUGGUAGUGUCUUGGUGGCUGCAAUAGACAAGGGCGACGAGGAGAUUAUCAGAUUCUUAUUGCAUGAGGUCAGAGCUGACAUGAAUCUUCCCCUGGUCAAUGGGCGUGGCAGUACUGCCUGGAGCGCACUUUGGUUGAAGGCCUUAUCAAAGAGGCAUGGAGCCAUGCAAAUUGCCAAAUAUAUUAUUGGCGACGCAGGUAUUGAUCUAAAUGACCCAUUGGCGCUUAAAUCAUUCGGACAUGCACUGGUUAACUUUUCAAGUAACAAAUCGAUUGAAGGUGUCAAAUUUCUCACCGAAGAAGUCGGUGUUGAUGUCAAUAUGCCAGUUGAUCAUGGUCAAUUUGGCAGUGCCCUCGCAGCGGCCGCGGCUGGAAACUCGAUUGAUGUUGUAAAAUAUUUCAUCCACGAAUGCAAUGCGGAUGUGAACAUGCCACUCGUCCAUGGAAAAUGUGGCAGUGCCCUCGCAGCGGCCGCGUCUGAAGACUCGAUUGAUGCGGUCAAAUAUCUGAUCCAGGAAUGUGGUGCAGAUGUAAACAUGCCACUCGCUCAUGGACUUGUUGGCAGCGCGCUCGCAGCGGCGGCGGGUGGCAAUGCGAUUAAUGUUGCAAAGUACCUCAUCGAAGAAGUCGGUGUGGAUGUGAACAUGCAGCUUCAGCACGGUGUUCACGGCAGUGUCCUUGCUACUGCCGCCUUCUUUGAAGAUUCACUUGAUGUGACCUCAUACCUAGUCCAAGAAGCGGGGGCAGAUGUCAAUAUGCCCCUGAAAUACGGUUAUUAUGGCAGUGGUCUUGCCUCUGCGGUGGCUGCAGGGGGCUUAGAUUCCGUGAAGAUUCUUGUCGAGGCCAAAGCCGAUGUCAAUCAGCGCCUCCAGUAUGGCAGCUAUGGAAGUGCCCUGGGAGUUGCCGCCGCCCUUUGUGACGAUGAUUGCGCUGAAUAUUUGAUUCAAGCCGGAGCCGAAGUGAAUCUCAGGUUCGAAGGGAACGCACCUUUUAGCAGCGCUUUGCAGGCCACGGGAGACCAUCUCUCAGAGGCAGAUAAAUGGCUACUGGGAAUGUUCGGUGUCGACGAAAGUGAGUUCCUGAAGUUUCGAGUUGAGAUGGCGCAGUUACUGCGAAAACAUGGAGCAGAGGCUUGA